AUGCAAAUCAUCAUAGUAGGUGCUGGUCUAGCAGGCCUCUCAACAGCUCUCGCCCUGUCCCAUUCCUCAACAACACACCUGAUCAUCCUUCUCGAAUCCGCCUUGGCCCUAGCAGAGAUCGGUGCGGGCGUCCAACUCACUCCCAUCGCGACCCGGCAAUUCAAAGCAUGGAAUCUUGAACCUCAACUCCUAGCCGCCUCCGCUCUGCCAAAGGCAUGGAACCUACGUCGUGGAUCGGAUGGAAAGGUGCUGAAUCGAGUACCGAUGGACAAGUUCGAAGAGUGGUACGGCGCACCAUAUGUGGUCGUGCAUCGCGCAGAUCUUCAUCGGAUUCUGCAUGAAGCGGUCGUAGCGAGGGGUGUCGAAGUGCGCCUGGACAGCCGCGUAGAACAGUAUGGGGUUGAAGAAGGCUGGGUAAGAUUAUUGAACGGAGAGAAGCUGGAGGGUGAUUUGGUGGUGGCCUGCGAUGGGAUCAAUAGCUCAGCUCGAACGCAGUUGCUGAAGAGCUCAGGAAGCCACAUGAACCCAGAGAAAGAGCUGGAAGCGACAGGGUGGGCUGCGUACAGACUUAUGGCGGACGUGGAGGAUGUUAAGAACAACCCAUUGACGAAAGAAAUUGUGGGUGAGCAUGCUGGAAACUGCUGGGCGGACACAAACAGAUCAGUAAUGACAUACAUGAUCCGCGACUCUGGCAAACUCAACCUCGUCUUGUCCCAUCCUGAUGAUGUCGAUACCAGCACUUGGACACGCGAACAGUAUCUCACCGAGAUUCAACGCUUCUAUGGAGAUAUGGACCCACAUGUACUCUGCCUCAUCGGCCUCAGCACUGGACCUAUCACCAAUUGGCCUGUCCGUCAAAUUGCCAAACUUCCCACUUGGAUGUCAGGAAAGGGGAAAUUUGUGCUUAUUGGGGAUGCAGCACACGCCAUGGCCUUCUAUCUUUCUAUGGGCGUCUCGCUUGCGAUCGAGGAUGCUGCGGCGCUUGCUACGGCUUUGGAUCUGCAUACGUCGAAUCCAAAGGGCCUGUCAUUAGCAAAAGCGAUGAGACUAUUCGAGAAAGUGAGAAAACCACGGGCCGAGAGAAUACGAGAUGCAAGUUUGCAUGCGGGGGCAAUGCUGCAUCUCCCACCAGGGUCAGAGAGG